AAAACUCUAAAAUAACUACAAAAAAUCAUUAAAAAAAUAACAUAAAUUCAUAAAAAAUUCAAACAGCACUCGCUCAUUUCCAAAUACAACACGAAUAACGGCAAAACGCAGAAAUAAAGAAAAUAAAAUAACUACAAAAAAAAAGCAACAAAUAUAAAAAGAACUCUAAGCAUAUAUUCAUCAACGCAAGUACAUAGGCCAGUAGAAGACGUCAUUUGUCGCCACAACAACAACAACAACUACUGCUACAAUAAACUACAUACUACUUUUAAUGUAAGUAGCUACAUACAAGUAUGGUAACACUAAACAAAGUAUAAAUUAAUCAAAUCGAAUUAGCGGGACAGCGGAUAUUGUAAACUAAAUCAACGAAAUUAUUUCUAUAUGAAUUUUUUUCACAUUUCAAAGCCUUAUUGAACUUUAAGCUUUAAGCUAUAUUAGAAGCUCUCAACAACUCACGAUUCGCCAUUGUUAAGCGAGCCUAGCGAGUUUUGUAUACGGUCCUUACGCUACGCAACGGUAUAACGGUACACAUAGCAAGCAAACAGGCGUACAUACAUACAUACAUAUAUACAUAUAUUGAUAGUUGAUUGCCAAACGGCGUUGUAGUUAGGAAAAAUGGAUGAUAUGCCAGAUUUGUCGCACCUAACGCCACAUGAGCGUAUGCAAAUCGAAAAUGUACUCAUGCGUCAAAAGCAGGAGGAGGAGGCGCACAAUGAGAUAAUGCGCCGCAAACAGGAUGAGGUCGUCUCAUUAGAAAUGCAAAUACGCCAACGCUCGGAGGAGCAGAAGAAAUCCGGCAUCGAAUUGGGUGCAAUCUGCCACAUUUGCCUUCAAACGAAAUUCGCUGAUGGAAUUGGACAUAUUUGCCAUUAUUGCAACAUCGUGUGUUGUGCGCGUUGUGGCGGAAAAGUGACACUGCGCAGCAACAAGGUAAUAUGGGUCUGUAUACUCUGCCGCAAAAAGCAGGAACUACUUUCAAAGACUGGACAAUGGAUGAAUAAGGGACAGCAACAGGAUAGUUUCCUGCGACGCAUCGAGCCCGAUGGCAGUAGUGAUAUCUCGCAGCAGGCCAUUGUCGAUCCGCACGAUACACUAGACAAACGCCCGAAGCUGGAGCGAACGCGCAGCGCGGCCGAAAAAGAGAAUCUUCCAAUGCAACGAACGGGAAGCGUGCUGCGCCGGCAAUAUUCCCAGCAAGAGACGCCCACAAAUCGGCGUUUGUCCGCCUCCGACAGCGGCGCAGAUAUGAGUCCCGGGCAACAGCGUCAACGACCCAUGCAUCAGCAGCAGCAGCAGCAGAUGCAGCAACAAUAUGGCACGCAAGGUGGACAGCAGCAAGCGGGUGGUGGACAGCGGGCAAUUCCCGACGAUGAUCCACGCUAUUAUCAGGGUGAACUGGAUGGUUUGAUGCGUCAACAUCCACAUCUGGCGCAUCCAAGCCAGUUGCAAAAGCAGCAGCAGCAACAACAACAAGGCUAUCACCAGCAGCCGCCACUGCAGCAGCAACAACAACCACAUGCGCAGCAUGUGCAGUAUCAACAUCACCAACAACAACAACAACAACACCAGCAGCAGCAGCAGCAACAACACAAAUAUCAACAGCCAACAGUGUCACAGCAGCAGGCGCAACAACGCAAUUUACCACCACACCACCAGCAGCAUCUGCCGCCGCAACAGCUACAACAUCAGCAGCCACAGGCGCUGCGCUCGCAUAUGCAGCCUGGGUCCGCACAGGUAUCGGGUGGCAUGACGCAGCAACAACAACAUCAGCAGCAACAACAUCAGCAGCAACAACAGCAACAGCAGCGCCAGCAACUGCAACAACAACAACAGCCACUGCAACAACAAAGGCUUCCACAUCAACACUCAUACAGUCCACAAACGGCACAACUGCCUACGCCACCGUUUAGCGGCGGCCCAAGCGGCGCAUCGUAUCAGAAACCGGCGCCAUUGUCGCGCAAUCUCACCAUAAGCGGCGGUCACGCCAUGGAUAUGGCCAGCUAUCCGCAGCAACAACAGCAACAGCUUCAGCAACAACAACAACGACGCCCACUAGUCGGUGCCCAAUACGGUCCACCGCAACAGCGUUCCUUCAGCAGCUCGGAAGAGGAGAUACAAGCUCACAUGCUAGCGCCACACUCAGCCGAAUAUAACUACGACGGCAAUUUACGCGAACCUUGGAGGCAACAGCGCAGUCUCAACGAGCGCGAUCUCUUAAGUGUGACGAACUCUUAUGGCGCUAACGACUAUCGCUUGACCACUACAAAUCGUCUGUACUCGUCAGCCGAUCGCGAUCGCUACGAUUUGCAUCGCGAGCGACUCGAACGCUAUCCACUAACGCGCACCGCACGACUGGAUGUGCAGCAGCAGAACGUCUACAAUCGCACGAAUCACGAUCGACAGCCGGUGAACGCCAACAGUGGAGCGUAUACGGCGCGUCGUGCGCCAACUUUAGCCACGGCUGCGGCAACUACAGGUGGCGGUGGUAGCAGUAGCAGCAGCAGUGCCGGUAGCUACCACCACCAGAAACAAUCUCAACAGCAGCAGCAUCAUCACCAUUCAAAUCCACAAAUAGUAAUCGAUGAUAAGCCACUGCCUACAAGCGCUUAUGAUCGCUACGGCAUCACAGUUGGUGGUGGUUCACGCGGCGAAGAGGGUAGUGCGCGACGCAUUGGCGCUGCGGCAACACGUAGCCUCGGGCGCGAUCGUACAUUAAUGGCGGACCCCUAUUGGGAUGAAACGGUUAUGUCGACAAAUGCGGCACAGGACUCGCGACGUUAUACGGAGCGUAGAAUAAAGAAAACGGUACGCUUUGAUGGGCACGACGAGCCGCUGUUAAGCACCGCUACAACAAAAUCUGGUUCAUUGCCGCCAGUAACACAAAUCUUACCAUCAACGGCUGUGGACGUAGGCGCCGCCACUAUACUGACCAGCGCUAAAUUGGGCGCAAAUGCAAACACUGCCAAUACGAUUAGCAUUUCGGAUGCGGCUGCCGAUUGGGCACGUUGGGACGCUGAACGGCAGGGUAGUCAGGAUUCGGCAACUAAGGACUCUGGCAUCGAUACGUGCAGUACAUUCACGAGUAGCGAAGACUCAAAUCGUGGCGAUGGGCCAAAGCAACCGGUGAAUUGGCAAAUAUCCACCGAUAAUACAUGUCUCAUUGGUCGUAUGAUAUUGCGAAAGUACUACGAUGGCGAGGAUAUUCUCGGCUUGAAAGUUGUAGGCGGCCAACGGUCGACGGCAGCAGCGGACGCGCACACUAAGUCAGCCGAUUGCGGCGCGUUCGUUGAAAAGGUGAAGCGCGGUUCGGUAGCCGAUGUUGAAGGACAUAUACGACCAGGCGACGAAAUCAUCGAAUGGAACGGUCGAGUGCUGCGAAAUAAGUGUGCGGACGAGGUUUAUCAGAUAAUUGACGAAAGUCGCUUGGACGCGCAGGUCGAAUUGGUCGUUUCGCGAGCUCUACCCGCCAACGCCGGUGAACACAAUGCCAAACGUAAAGUAGGUGGUCAGCAGCAACAAGGUGUGACGUUGCAUAAUCAAUGUCUCGCGAGCACCAUUGCCAGUAGUGCUGUGGUCAGCAGCGGCGGACGCUAUUUCCCACGAAAAGCGCCCGCUGCGGCAAUCGAACAUCAUCGCGACAAGCCGAGCGUACUAAUCACAUCGCCCGGUUCGCCCGAUUUACACGCCACUAGCGGCGGUGCGCACACAUUGCGGCAGACGAAUGUGCAACAACGUGGCUACAGCGGCGACGCCGGUACGUAUCAGCAGCACCCAACGCAUCCACAAUCGAAGCAGCAAUCGCAAAAUCCGCAACAACAACAACAACAACAACCACAACAACGGCACGGAGCGAACGUCGCGAACACAGCCAGUGCAACAGCAGUCGGUUUUACAGUUACAACGACGACGGCGGGCCACCAUCAUCACUACCACCAGCCACCACCGCCAUCGCAUACGCAUCCGCAUGUCGCCGCCCACCACUUGCCCACAGUGGGUGUGGCGCAUGUGCUGUCCAUGGCCGUCGAGGGCCGCCUGCAGAUGAAACUCGGCUACGAUCAGAAUACCCUGCAGCUGAUAGUUACUAUCGUCUGUGCGACGGGCCUUACGCUGCGUCAGAGCGGCGCCGCUCGCAAUCCUUAUGCAAAAGUGUUCCUUCUACCCGAUCGGGGUACAAAAUCGAAAAGACGCACCAAAACUUUAGCGACUACAUGCGAACCGCGCUGGGGCCAAACGUUCGUUUACACAGGCUUAAGGCGUUCCGAUCUCACCGGUCGUUUACUCGAAGUGACGCUGUGGGAUUAUGUGCGCUAUGGGGCCAAUGACUUUAUCGGCGAAGUGGUCAUUGAUUUGGCGCAUCAUGUGCUCGACGACGAAGCGGAAUGGUAUCAGCUGCAGCCCCACCAGGACACUUCGUAUCUCUUGCAUCACGACGACCAAAGUGAAGCGGACAUUAUGAUUUUGACACCGACAGAUCAUUUAUCACCACCCAGCACAAUGUCACGUCUUAGCGACUCUGAUGCGACGUCUGAAUGUGACAUCGAUGGACUGACGCCGGGGCGUGAUGGCGCAAGCAUAUCCUCACUGGGCAGCUCAUCAAGUCCACCACCAGAGCAGAUCGAUUUGAAUGAGCGUCGCUCAAGACGCGAUAUGUCGCCGCAAGGUCGCAAGCGUGUAGCUGGUAUGGUAUCGCGUGAUUAUCGUACGGUAUCUGGCAUUGGACAAAGUUACCACAAUCAGCAGGUGAGCACUGGUUACCUGCGUCGCAAUGGCGCCAUCACUGGUCCCAGUGGCAUGAGCCUCAGCCAACGCAGUCAUUCCGCCGCACCGACCGACAGCUAUCACGGUGUGACCGGCAGUGGUCACAGUUAUUAUCGCAGCAACAGCCCGCGACGUGGUUCACUCUCGCCGCCCGACGAUCGCUACAUAGACUAUCCAGUGCUUCCAAUACACGCAACAGGUGGCUCAGCAUACGGGCAUUCACUGUCGGGUGGUGUAAGUUCGUUAAGUGCCACCGCUGGUGGUAUUCCCUUGGGUGGCGUAGGCGGCGCUGCAAUCGGCCCCACUGGUGCAGCGCAACAGGGACGCUUUCAAUCGCGUUCCGCAACAGCCACACCUACGGGUUCACCCAAAAAACGGCAGCUGCCACAGGUGCCGCAAACUUCACGCAGCGCCAUGCUACGUGAUCGCUUGGGUCAAGAGUUCGAUGAACGCCCGGGUGGUGGUCGCUUCGGUCGUCAUCGCACGCGUCAAAUUCAUCAUCAGGCCACAUACCGUAGCACCGGCAUGGGUGGCUGGGAGCGCCACUACACCGGCCUCUCGGACAGCGAUCUACAAUCGAUGGAGGCGCGGACACGACCGCGACACUCGCUAUCACCCGAUAAGGACUUCAUGGGUGAAUUUGGCGAUUCGGAUAUGGAGUCGGUGGUGAGCGUGACAUCGAGCGCCUUCUCUACACAAUCGGAACGGCCGCGCGGCUCACGUGGACUGAGUUUGCCACGCAAUUGGCGCACCUUGUACGGCGCCGACCCAAUGCCUGGCAGUGUCCCCACCACCACGCUUGCCGGUCACCAUGCACACGCUCAAGGACGCGGCUUCUUUGAGCGCUACCGCGCCAAUACGAUCGAGGUCGAUGAUUGUGAUUUUUUAUCAACCAGCUUAACGGGCGUGCCAACACUGUACGGUAUGGGGCAGUCGCCGCCACACCUCAAUACAGCGUCACAACAGAUGUUGUUGUUGGAGCAGUUAGAGCAGCUGCAACAGCUAGCCGAACUAGCAGCUGCUGAUUCGCCGCCGAACACGGCUACUUUGGUGGCGGCAUCCAAUCCACACAAUAUCCUCAGUGCAACCGCAACAAAUCACCUAUUACCACCACACCGACAAUUGCAACCGCAACAACUGCAACAAUUACAACAGCUACAUGAACCAACACAACUGCCAAGCCAACUCGUCAUGACCGACAAUAGCGGCAAUUUAGUAGUGGAUCCGUAUUUGCUUGAUGGAAGCACCGAACCGGGUCUGUUGUUAAUGGAGCCGGCGGGCGUAACGGUGAUACCACCUACACCACCAUCCGCAUUACCGCCGCCGCUGCCGCCGCCAGCGCACACUGUCAGCACACAAUUGCAACAGCAGCAACAACAACAACAGCCAUCACUUUCACACCCACAGCCACAUCCCCAUAUAUUUCAUCCACAUCAAUACUUACCUCACAUACCGGAUUCCAUACAUUUUCCCGAGUUUCUAACUCAUGCUGCCGAUUUCAGUCCUUUCGCCGAAAAGAUAUUUCCACGUGAUAGCUCCUUAGGGUCCAGUAGCCAUUAUCCAUUCUACGAUCAUUUGCAACGUAUCACCACGCCCGUAGUGAAUCUAUUUCGUCAUAGCCCAAGCUCUACACUAAGUACACCGACUGCUGCUGCAGUCAAUUCUCCGCAUCAACACGCCCAUUCCGUAUCAUCAUCGCCCUCAUCGUACAUUGCCUAUGUGCGCGAUCAUUAUGACAAUACAUGCAGCCACUGCCAAAACGGCAGCCAGCCAGUCGUACUGUCGACAAAUGCUGCACUCACCACACCCGGCAUAGCCAUAGGCGCUUGCGACAAUCCAUUUUGCAUUGCUGAAUCCCAUCCACAUCCACAGCAUCAUCCGGUCGCCUAUCCGUAUACAGCCGAACAACUGCUACGUAGACCGUCAUUGUCCAUGUAUCAGCCAUCGUCAGAGCCUUCACUGCCAACUAUGGAUCCGGCAAUAUGCGGCGAAUGUGUGGAUCAGCAUUUCGUGAGUGGUCUUACCGCACCACAAAUUGACUUGGGCGCUGUGCCCACCUAUCACGUACAUACCCCAACGCCAACGGCGCACAAAAAAGCCAAGUCCUCACUGGCACCGCCACCUCAACUGCCCACACAAUCGGUUUUGCGUCUGUCGCGACAAUUAAGCGAAGACGCACUUAUAACAGCUAUACCAAUUGCUGAAUCGAAAGCGCAGCCUACUUCGAUAUUGAAAAAACCGAAAGUUGGCGUACCAACGGGCACAUUAGAUCGGCGAAAAAUGUUUCAUGAGGGCCAAUCACGUUCACUGGAUUACGAUGAUUUGCACGCGAAGAGUUGGGGCCGUCGUCGCAUCAGAUACGAAGACGAGAUAUAUAAUCCGCCACUGGAAGAGCUAUCUCGUCGUUACGGUUCCGAGACAAAUAUACGACAAUCUUAUAUGGGUGCCAAUGUUGACGCAGUCAAUCCGCUAAGUCACUCACACUUUCUUGUCACUGACGACAAGAUCGUCACUAUUACCUAUGACUCGGAUGUGGGUUGGACGCGGCGCGGUGUUGCACCGUCUGUAUUUCAUGAUCCGCGACGUCGUUUCGAUGGCCGCGAGCGUAAUCAUAUGUCUCUAAAUUUACAACGCACCAAUCAGGAAAAGCUUUAUGGAGCUGCACUGCCAUACCAAAAGCGACGUCGCAAUCUGCCGCAUCCACCAAGCGCACAAAACGCCCACAAUUUCUCACCCGUUGAGGGUUACGACGACGACCCCAUGUUAAUGGAUCCCACCACACAUUCGUCAGCUACGCUGCCACCACAUAGUGGCGAACCAACAUCCAUAAACGGUACAGGCUCCGCCGAACGACCGGGACCAAUUGGCGAACAUCGCGAUCAACGUGAUCCACGCGAUGAACGCGAUCCUCGUGAUCUCAGUCGCUCAGUAGGGCCAGGCUCGUCACCUAGUCAGCAACGUCAUCCUUCAUCAAUUAUUUCUAAACGCAGUAAAUCAUCAAUGGCCACCGCUGGUGGUCAUCGUACACGUGUAGAACAGUUACAGCAUGAAUCGGGCAGUGAUCGCAGUAAUCUCGUUAGUAUCAAUGACCAACCCGAAUAUUUCGAAUACGAUGAUUACGGUGAUCCCUAUAUAGACUCGCACACUAGUCGUAAUUAUGCAACAACAACAACAAAUGCUAGUAGUAAUAGUUUUGUUAGUAGUGGUGGUAGUGUUAGGCAAAAAGGGAAAGAAGUUUCAUACGGCGCGGAACAACAGACGAAAUCUAGUAGUGGGAGUGGUAGUGGUGGUGGUGCUUCUUCUACUGCUGCUGCUGGUAAUAUCGUCGUCGGUGGUAAUAUUUCUAAUAAUGCUUCUUCUUCCUCUUUUGCAAAUUCCCAUCAUGGUGUCGCUAACUCCACAUCACCUAAACGUGCCUCAUUGAAACAUACAAAUACAACUAACGACGCUAACCUAAACGUAAACGUUGACGGAACAACAACAACAACAACUACAACUCCCAUACAAACAACAACUACAUCCACAAACAUCACAACCACAUCAUCGUCGAAUACAACAACAACAACUAAUGCGAUGGCAACAACAAAUUCAACCUUAACAACCUCAACAACAAAUCCUGCUGCCGCAACAACAACAACGAAUACUGGUGAUACAACAACUGCGGCUGGCGAUGCUGCUGCCACGGAUGAUGCCGAUGCGCCGCUUGACGUCAUCGAUUGGGAUGCCAUCGACGCUAUGCUGGACGAUGACUUCAGUGAAUAUGACAAAGACAAAAACGGUGGUGGUGAGGAGAAGAAGGACGAUCCCAACUUUAGUCAGAGUGUUGAUGAGAAAGUUGAUGGCAGCUUAUCUGAUACAGCAACAGAUCGCAAAAAGGGCGGCGUCGAGCAAGAGCGCUCCCCCAAAGGCGGCAGCGGUAUGGGUAAAAAAUCCAACUCCACCUCGCAAUUAUCGGCUACAGGUCGUAAAAGACGUAUGGGCUUUGGAAAGAAGGGUAAGAACUCAUUUACGGUGCACCGCAGUGAAGAAGUUCUGCCAGGUGAGAUACGUGGGGCGCUGUCGCGCGGUUCGUCAUCUGAAGCCGAUGGCGGUGAGGCAUUAGCUGAUGGCGGAGCCGGCACUGGUGGGGACAGAUUUUCACCAUCGCUGCGUGGCAACGAUGGUCAGCUGUCGGAGUUCAUAGACGGUUUGGGGCCCGGUCAACUGGUUGGGCGGCAAGUGUUGGGCGCACCAUCGCUGGGUGAUAUACAGUUAUCAAUGUGCCAUCAAAAGGGUUUCUUAGAAGUAGAAGUUAUACGUGCUAGAGGCUUACAGCAAAAGCCAACGUCGAAAAUGCUUCCCGCUCCUUAUGUUAAAGUAUACUUGGUUUCUGGCAAACGUUGCAUUGACAAGAUGAAAACUUCGACGGCAAGGCGCACAUUGGAUCCACUCUAUCAACAACAAUUGGUAUUCAAGCAGCCAUACCAGGGAUGCAUUCUGCAGGUUACCGUUUGGGGUGACUAUGGCCGCAUCGAGAAGAAAGUUUUCAUGGGUGUGGCACAGAUAAUGCUCGACGAUUUAAACUUAUCGAAUAUCGUCAUCGGCUGGUACAAACUCUUUGGAACAACCUCACUGGGACGUCCCAUUGUUUGGCCCGGUGAAUCGGUCAUACUCGAAGAGGAAGGCGAAGAGAUGCAGGUGAACUAAAGUGGCUACAGCAGAGCCAAAAUAAAAGCAACCACUACUUGGCGAAUAACCCCUGCAUCGAGCUGCUUCCACAGCAGCGGCGCGAACCUAAAUCGCUGGCUUAGCUGGGAAACGAAUGCAAGAAAGAGAGUUUAUAGCCAAAUACCGAACGAGUCAACACGUUACGCGUCAGAUAAAGUGGGCGUGUACGCACGACCUACAUGUGGGCGCAUAAUGGCGCUCGUGGCUUUGACGUCGAGAGCAGCUCAACCGCAACUUUUUGAAUUUAAACGAAGUAGGAAGCACACAACUAACAAAAAAACCAAAGCAAAAACAAAAACAAAGAAACAAAAAGAAAACAAAAUAAAUUGCAUAUAAAUAUAUUUAGAAUAUUUUUAAAUUAUGUUUUUCUAAGCUAAAUAUUACGAUAAAUAUGAUAAUGAUUAUAACGUUGAAGAUAAAUAUAUGUAAAGCUAAAAACAGGACUAUGGAACGUAUGUAGUUGAAGUUGGGCGCGUAGUUUAAAGAUACGACUUGGUGAUUUAUAUAAUAGUGAUCAUAGUUGUAGUGCUGACAAUGACGUUGUUUAAGAUGAGAACGGAUACAAGAUGCAUUUAAUACUACAAACUUGUAAAA